AGCCACCGCCACGGAGGGCCCAGCGCCCGGAGUGCAGCGUGGCCGGACCGGGCGCCGCGCGGACGCUCGCGGUCCCGCAUCUUGCAGCACAAGGAAUCGCGUGUUGGCUGUGAAUGAGUGGCCAAUAUUUCACAAAGCUUCAAGAUUAAGUUGGAAAGAAGAACAGCGAUUCUUCCAAAUUGAUCUGCUUCGACCAUCAUUCUUACUGGGAAUGGACAAUGGAAUGUUCUCUAGCUUUAUCAUGAUCAAAAACCUCCUUCUCUUUUGUAUUUCCAUGAACUUAUCCAGUCACUUUGGCUUGUCACAAAUGCCAACCAGUUCUGUAAAAGAUGAGACCAAUGACAACAUUACCAUAUUCACCAGGAUCCUGGAUGGGCUCCUGGAUGGCUAUGACAACAGACUGCGGCCAGGGCUGGGAGAGCGGAUCACUCAGGUGCGGACGGACAUCUACGUCACCAGCUUUGGCCCCGUGUCAGACACAGAGAUGGAAUACACCAUCGACGUGUUCUUCCGCCAGAGCUGGAAGGACGAGCGGCUGCGGUUCAAGGGGCCCAUGCAGCGCCUCCCCCUCAACAACCUGCUGGCCAGCAAGAUCUGGACCCCGGACACCUUCUUCCACAACGGGAAGAAGUCCAUCGCGCACAACAUGACCACGCCCAACAAGCUGCUGCGGCUGGAGGAUGAUGGGACCCUGCUCUACACCAUGCGCUUGACAAUCUCCGCUGAGUGCCCCAUGCAACUUGAAGACUUCCCAAUGGAUGCCCACGCUUGCCCCCUGAAAUUUGGCAGCUAUGCAUACCCUAACUCUGAAGUCAUCUAUGUCUGGACCAAUGGCUCCACCAAGUCUGUGGUAGUGGCAGAAGAUGGCUCCAGGCUGAACCAGUACCACCUCAUGGGGCAGACGGUGGGUACUGAGAACAUCAGCACCAGCACAGGUGAAUACACAAUUAUGACGGCGCAUUUCCACCUGAAAAGGAAGAUUGGCUACUUUGUCAUCCAGACCUACCUUCCCUGCAUAAUGACAGUAAUCUUGUCCCAGGUGUCCUUUUGGCUAAACAGAGAAUCUGUCCCAGCCAGGACAGUUUUUGGGGUGACCACAGUGCUGACCAUGACAACACUCAGCAUCAGUGCCCGCAACUCCCUGCCCAAAGUGGCCUAUGCCACCGCCAUGGACUGGUUCAUUGCCGUGUGCUACGCAUUUGUCUUCUCUGCGCUGAUUGAGUUUGCCACAGUCAACUAUUUUACAAAGAGAGGCUGGGCUUGGGAUGGCAAAAAAGCCUUGGAAGCAGCCAAGAUCAAGAAAAAGGAACGUGAGCUCAAACUAAAUAAGUCAACAAAUGCUUACACUACUGGAAAGAUGACCCACCCUCCAAACAUCCCAAAGGAACAAAUCCCAGCAGGGACCUCAAAUGUAUCUACGGUCUCUGUCAAGUCUUCCGAAGAGAAGAUGGCUGAGAGCAAAAAGACUUACAACAGCAUCAGCAAGAUUGACAAGAUGUCCCGAAUCAUAUUUCCAGUCUUGUUCGGCACUUUCAACUUAGUUUACUGGGCAACAUAUUUGAAUAGGGAGCCAGUGAUUAAAGGAGCUGCCUCUCCCAAAUAAGCAACUGUGCUCCACACUCCAAGGAAGCCAUACUUCCAGCGAAGUGCAGAAGGACUCUCCGUAUUUGGGCACUGUCUUUCAGGAAACUUUUGCAUGUUUAAUAAUACAUACAAAUAAUAUUGCCUUGAUGUUUGUAUAUGUAACUUCAGGUGUUUCAAAUAUGUCCCACUGACAAAGUAAACAACUUUAUAGAAAACCAGGAGGCAAUGACUAACAUUCAGAUGCUCAGAAUCUUAACACUGAUAGUUUACAAACAAGAUAAGUAUAUUUUUAACUGUUCCAAGUGUUACCUAAUGAUGUUUUUUAUACUUUGAAUGUCAUUUCAUACAGAAUUUCCCAGCAGAUAAAUAUUUUAAGAAAUGCUCCAUUAUUAUUACUUGACCAACUACCACAGGAAACAAAGAUCACAGAGAGCACAUUUUUCAUUAAAAGGAAACUGUGGACAUUUAUGUCCAAACUUAAUUGCCUUUGAUAAUUCUUACUACUCUGAAAUUAGAAAAGUACUGCAUGAUUUGACAUAAAGAAGUAGAAUAGGCUGCAUUUAUGGAGACAAAUUUAAUAGCAGAAACAUAUAGUAUGUUAGAGUAGCAGAUCAAGUAUUUUCCCCAAGGAAAAACUUAAUUGCUUAAAAAUUCUUUUCUUUUGGGGGAGGGGGAUUUAUUUCCCAUCCCACUCUAACCUCUCCACUAAAUGAA